AUGUCCUUGAAUCGCAUCUCCUUCCUUGAAGGAUGGGAGCGUAACCCUGCAGCCUUUCUCGGUCAUCCCGAAUCGGAGGAUUCGGAUCCGGACUCAUACCAGGAUUUACCCGAGGGAUCCGUGUCGUCCUCAUUUCCCUCCACAUACAGCAGACUGAAUUUCAACCCAUAUGCGGGGCCAGGCUGGAAUGAGAGCCCAGAGGAUCCACAUGACGAUCGAUCCUCAUUUUUUGGGUCUUUUCUCGGGUUAUCUCCGACGACUACCCGUGAAGGACGUGCGGGCUCAGGUUCAGCGCAGGGGCUAGGAUCCUCGGAGCGGAUUGUGCACGAGGAUUCAGGGACCGUUUCGCGGACACCGCCUUGGGCGGAUACCACUGGUGCUUAUGAAGUAAGCGCUGCUAGGAGGAUUGCCCAGGUUUGCACGGCAGUUGUAUACUGCUUUUUAGCUGCCGGAAUUGUUUUCGGCUUUGCAGCUCUGAAGCCCGUCCUUAUUCGAGAGAAAGUAUAUCGCAACCUCUGCUCCCAAACGGAGCUGGAGGAGGACGUCGAUGUCUGCUAUGGGCAAGAGAUCAGGCUAAACCUGAUGUUCACCAUCGCCGCUGUAAUAACCAAUGUCUCAGCCCUACCCGUAGGAACAAUCCUAGACGCGUAUGGACCACGAGUUAGUGGAAUUAUCGGCAGCAUCUGUCUCGCCAUAGGAGCAGUACUCUUUGGAACAGCCAGCAACCUUCCAUUCGAUGGAUACAUCCCAGGGUACUUAUUCCUAGCACUGGGUGGACCAUUCGUAUUCAUACCAUCCUUCCAUCUAUCAAAUACGUUUCCCACACGAUCAGGCCUGAUCCUAUCAAUGCUGACAGGCGCUUUCGAUGCCUCGAGUGCUCUAUUCCUGCUUUUCAGGCUGCUAAGCGAACAAACCGAGGGCCUCGUAUCCAUCAAUAAUUUCUUCGCGGCGUACCUCAUAGUACCGAUAUUCAUCAUCGCAGCACAGAUCUUCAUAAUGCCACCAACAUCCUACAAAACCGCCGGUGAGCUCGUACAACAAGCCGAAGCGCAGGUCGAAGAUGAGAUACGCGAUCGCAUAGACGACACCGUCAACGACCGCAGCGAGGGCGAGCGCCAGCGUAUGCACAGACGACUGCGUCGCCAAAGUAUAGUCAGCCACAUCCAAGAUCUCCUAGACGACGGCACAGCAUCCGUCAUAUCCGACAACCCCAUCGACAACUCUGUCUUCCACACCAACAUCGAUACCGAGAUCAAUCUCAACACUCCCCGAGGAACCCACGGGACCGCAACACCGCACUCCCAUACACAGCAACAGCAAACCACCCCGAAUCCACCACCAGGUGGAAUCUGGGGAGUUCUCCACGGCCACAGCGCACUGUACCAAUUGCGCACACCAUGGUUCGGACUAAUAACAGCCUUCACUGUUCUAAUGAUGCUACGGAUAAAUUACUUCGUAGCAACCCUGCGCUCACAAUACACCUACCUCCUGUCCCCAGAGGCAGCUGCACAAAUAAACACCACAUUCGACAUCCUCCUACCCAUCGGCGGACUUGUUUCCGUCCCCUUUAUCGGCACAUUCCUAGACAAAUUCCAGACGCGCACUGUGCUAUUCAUUCUCGUCGUGUCUGCGACUACCAUCGGCGUGCUGGGGUGUAUACCGUAUCCAACGGCGGCGUAUGGGAAUAUCAUUCUCUUUGUGCUGUACCGACCGUUCUAUUACACCGCUGUAUCGGACUACGCGGCUAAGGUGUUUGGAUUUGCGACGUUUGGGAAGGUGUAUGGGCUUAUUAUUUGUCUUGCUGGUGUUGGGAAUUUCGCGCAGGCAGGUCUUGAUGCGCUUACGUUGAGGGUUUGGAGGGGGGAUCCUGUUCCUGUUAAUGUUGGGCUUACGGUGUUGAUUGCUAGUGUUGGAGGAGGGCUUGUUGGGUUUGUUGCUUAUCAGACGGGUGUUUUGGAAGGUGGGAGGAGGGGCGAUGGUGACCAGCAUCGGAGUACUAGGGAGAGAGAGCCAUUGUUGAGGAAUGAAGAGCCCAGAGGGUAUGGGGCUUGA